UUGUCCGCAUGACUUCAUUCUUAAGACUAUAAAUUCCGAGUAACCUUAAAAAAUUAUCAAAUACUUGUUAGAAAUAACAUUUUCAAUUAAGCUGCUCAAAACACUUUGGUUUGAAACACUUUUUCUUUCGAAAAGUAGAAACUAAAAAGUGGAAGCCUGUAACGUUUUGCAGCAACCUUAAACAUGAGCAAACUACUUAUUUUGGUGGCAAUAUUUGGAACUUUUUACAUAGAAGCCAACCCUCAAGAAAUCUAUUCGUUAGAAUCUAUCAACUAUCCACAGCAUAGAAUUGGCAUCAGAAGUGAUUCAACAGCAGCUAUAACUUUAUAUGAUACUGAGGAAUUUCGUAUUGUUCAAGCACUUAACGGACGAGCCGAUGCAAUUUCUCUUCAGUCAGUUAAAGAAAACAAUAAAUACCUUCGCCAUCAAAAUUAUAUUCUCAAAUUGCACUCUGUUGAUUUUAAUUCUGAACUAUAUAAAAACGAUGCUUCUUUCAUCAUUCGUGAAAAUAAAUAUUACCCACGCUAUAUUUCCUUUGAAUCAACAAACUACCCAGGUUAUUUUUUAAGACAUCAAGGUUAUAUCGUAAAAUUGCACCGAGAAGAGUCAAAUGUUGAGCUUUAUCGAAAAGAUGCAAGUUUUAGACUUGUUCAGCUGGGAGUUUCGCUCAUUGGAACACGAUACUCGUUCCGAUCCAACAAUUAUCCAUUGUAUUGCAUAGGCAUAAGAGAAGAUGAUACUGCAGCUAUUCUUUUAAAUAACUGGCAUGAGUUUAAAAUUGUUAAAGCACUUAACGGAAGAACCGACUCUGUUUCUCUUCAAUCUACACAACAAAACGACAAGUACCUACGUCAUCAAGAUUAUAUUCUUAAGCUACAUUCUGUUGAUCUUUAUUCUGAGCUCUAUAAGAACGAUGCUUCAUUUAUUAUUCGUCAAAACUAUUAUUACCCAGGUUACAUUUCGUUUGAGUCCACAAACUACCCUGGUUAUUUUCUUAGACACCAAGGCUAUACUGUGAAGUUGCAUGCAGAAGAACCUUUUGUUGAGCUUUACAGAAGAGAUGCAAGUUUUAAAUUAAAUACUUUUGUGUAAAUGUUUUAUUGUUCUUUUCUUAUGGAUGAGGGUAAAGUUUUGUUUACAUGUUAUGUACACGGAUCAGUAAAUUUACAAAGUUUUAUAUAAUGUCAGAAACUUGAAAUUUAUGAUUUAGAAAACAUCGCAUUUUAUAUUUCUUA